CUGGGGGAGGAGCUUCAGAGUGUUACAUCACACGAAUGCCGACGGGUAGAUUUCUGUCACGCUGGUUGCGAGGGUGGGGGGGCCGGUGGCGACCGGCGAAGGCGUUGAGGACUUUUGCGGUGAAGGCCGGGCGUCGACACUACAAGGCGAUGGACGGCGACAAACCUUGGGCUCUGAUCUCCGAGGUGGGCGAGCAGGGCAUCCUGGAGCAGGCCAUGGACAUACUGAGGCAGAACUUCAGGAUCGUAAACCACAUGGACUUCCUGAAGGACCCGGGUCUGUAUGGCCCCAAAAUCCAGGCCCUGAUGAUGUGGAUGGCGCUUCCGGAGCCCACGCCGGCGCUGCUCGCCUCGCUCCCCGCGCUCAAGGUGAUCGCCAGCGGAGGAGCUGGCUACGACCACCUGGACGUGGGCUACCUCACCCGCACGGGGUUGAAGGUGGCCAACACGCCCGGGGUGGUCAGCGACUGCACGGCCGAUAUGGCCAUGGCGCUUCUUCUCGGGUCGGCGCGCGACAUUGUUGAAGGUCACCGAAUGAUGACGGACCCCAAGACCACCAUCUUGCCGCAGUGGAUCGGAAGCGUUAAGGUGUCGGGGGCCACUUUAGGGAUCGUCGGAAUGGGAAAGAUCGGGUGCAAAAUUGCUCAUCGGGCCAAGGGAUUUGACAUGAAGAUUCUGUACUACAACAGAAACAGGAGGAGCGACGAGGAGGAGCGGGCGUUGGGGGCGAGCUACUGCGAGAACAUGGCCGACCUGCUGGCCCGCUCCGACUUUGUGGUGCUGGCCGUGUGCCUGACGCCCGAGACCGCCGGCCUCAUCGGUGCCGGGGAGCUGGCCCUGAUGAAGCCCACCGCCACGCUGGUCAACAUCAGCAGAGGUCUGGUGGUGGACCAGGACGCGUUGGUUCAGGCGCUGCAGUCCAGGACCAUACGGGCCGCUGCCCUGGACGUGACUCACCCCGAACCGCUACCAAGGGAUCAUCCCCUCCUUGGGCUUCCCAACGCGCUGAUCACUCCUCAUUUCGGCACCAGUACCAUCGCCACCAUAAGGGGGAUGGUGCAGAAGAUGGCCGACAACGCCCUGGCUGCCAUUAAAGGCGAAUCCAUGCCCGAUGAAUUAAAAUAAUCAAUACUAGAUCAGCGUUUCCCAAUCUUCAGUCAAAUCACACAGAACUGAUUGCUAGCACUAAUCUAUACUUUGAAUAGUCUAUGAUUUGAAAAUAAAUUAUCUUUUAAGGUGUGUGCUUCUACAGUUUUUUUUUACAUUGUAUGUAAAGGGGCAAAAAAAAAAAAGUAUUUACAGUGAUUGUACAAUUAAAACCCACGAGAUGAGACAUUUCCAAACGUAACAUUUUUAGAUUGUUCGGCAUAGUCACCUGUGCCUGUCUAAAAUUACUUAGAGUUCUGUAGU